AUGAAGAGUCUGCUGAGGCAUGAGGCCUUGGCCAUCUCAGUUCUGCAGCAGCUCCCCACAGAGCUCUUCCCAUCCCUGUUCAAGGAGACCUUCAACAGCAGACAUAUGAAGAUACUGACAGUGAUGGUGGCAGUAUGGCCCUUCUCCUGCCUCCCUGUUGGGGCACUGAUGCAGGACACUGAUGUGGUGAUAUUACAAGCUGUGCUGGAUGGUAUUGACAUGCUGUUGAAACAGCAGGUUCACCUGAGAAGGUCGAAGCUUCGAGUCCUGGACCUGAGGAAAGUGCGCCAUGUCUUCUGGGAUGUAUGGCCUGGCAUAGAAUGUGGAGAGAGCUCUACAGGGACAUUGACACGUAUUUCCAUUCACACCAACAAAGCUAUUUACACCUUGGAAGAUGUAAAGAAGUAUACUGCUAGGUUCAUUGCUCAAGUCUCCAAACUCAAAUGUCUUCAGCAUCUCCUCAUCAAUGAUUCCUACUUUUCCAGUGAGCACAUGAAGAAGUUGUUCAGAUGCCUGAAGACCCCCUUGGAGUCUCUGUCAAUCAAACUGCGCAAGUGCUCACCUUUAGGCUUGAAGCACCUAUCUCAGUGUCAGGGGCUUUUUGAGCUAAAGCACCUGAACAUCUUUGGUGUUUCAUUAUUCAACUUAUGUCCCACAGCUCUGCAAGUUCUCCUGAAGAGUGUAGUCGACACUCUGCAAACUCUGCAGAUAAGGCACUGCUGUAUCAGAGACUCUCAACACAGUGCCCUCCUGCCUGCCCUGAGCCAGUGCCUCCAGCUAACACAUGUAAAUUUCUAUGACACUGUCAUUUCCAUAUCUGCCCUGAAGGACCUUCUGCAAUGCUUGGCCAAUCUAAGCAAGUUAACUGAGGAGCAUAACCCUGCCCCAUUGGAGUGCUAUGAUGACCAGGGCCAUGUCUUAGUCAACAAUUUUGCAAAUGUGUGUCUUGAUCUUCUGAAUACACUCAGAGUCAAAAGACAGCCCAAAGUUAUUGACUUUGUCACAAACAUUUGCCGCAAAUGUCUCCAGCGCUGUGUCUUUGAUGGGAAGACCAGACUUUGUUCUUGUUUGUCAUAA